GGCCUGCCCCUGGGUGCUGACGUCCUUCCCGAGUACAAGCUGCAGGCCCCACGCAUCCACCGAUGGACCAUCCUGCACUACAGCCCCUUCAAGGCCGUGUGGGACUGGCUUAUCCUUCUGCUGGUCAUCUACACAGCCGUCUUCACCCCCUACUCAGCCGCCUUCCUGCUCAACGAGGAGCAAGUGGAGGAGAAGCACUGGAACUGCAGCUACUCCUGUGACCCACUCAACAUCAUCGACCUCAUUGUGGACAUCAUGUUCAUCGUGGACAUUGUCAUCAACUUCCGGACCACCUACGUCAACAUCAACGAUGAGGUGGUUAGCCACCCUGGCAAGAUUGCCAUCCACUACUUCAAGGGAUGGUUCCUCAUAGACAUGGUCGCCGCCAUCCCCUUCGACCUGCUCAUCUUCCGCUCCGGCUCCGAUGAGACCACCACCCUCAUUGGCCUCCUGAAGACUGCCCGGUUGCUGCGCCUGGUCCGCGUGGCCCGCAAGCUGGACCGUUACUCCGAGUAUGGAGCGGCCGUGCUCUUCCUGCUCAUGUGCACCUUCGCCCUCAUCGCCCACUGGCUGGCCUGCAUCUGGUACGCCAUCGGCAACGUGGAGCGGCCCUACAUGGAGCACAAGAUCGGCUGGGUGGGCCAGAUCGGCAAGCGGUACAAUGACAGCGACCUCUCCUCUGGCCCAUCCAUCAAGGAUAAAUACGUCACCGCCCUCUACUUCACCUUCAGCAGCCUCACCAGUGUGGGGUUCGGCAACGUCUCACCCAACACCAACUCCGAGAAGAUCUUCUCCAUCUGUGUCAUGCUUAUUGGCUCUCUGAUGUACGCCAGCAUCUUCGGCAACGUCUCGGCCAUCAUCCAGCGCCUGUACUCGGGCACGGCGCGCUACCACACGCAGAUGCUGAGGGUGAAGGAGUUCAUCCGCUUCCACCAGAUCCCCAACCCCCUGCGCCAGCGCCUGGAGGAGUACUUCCAGCACGCCUGGUCCUACACCAACGGCAUCGACAUGAACGCGGUGCUGAAGGGUUUUCCUGACUGCCUGCAGGCAGAUAUCUGCCUCCACCUCAACCGCACGCUGCUCCAGAACUGCAAGGCUUUCCGAGGAGCAAGCAAAGGCUGCCUGCGCGCCCUGGCCAUGAAGUUCAAGACGACUCACGCACCGCCUGGAGAUACUCUGGUGCACUAUGGAGAUGUCCUCACCACACUCUACUUCAUCUCCCGGGGCUCCAUCGAGAUCCUCCGGGAAGACAUUGUGGUGGCCAUCCUAGGGAAGAAUGACAUCUUUGGGGAGCCCAUCAGCCUCUACGCCCGCCCAGGGAAGUCCAACGCUGAUGUGAGGGCUCUGACCUACUGUGACUUGCACAAGAUCCAGCGGGAGGACCUGCUGGAGGUCUUGGACAUGUACCCAGCCUUCUCUGACAACUUCUGGAGCAACUUAGAGAUCACCUUUAACCUGCGAGAUGCAGACAGCGUUCCCCGCUCGCCACUCAGUGAGGAGUAUGACUGCACCUACCGACGGGCGCGCCGACGCAAGCCCUCCAUUUGCCAGCCCAACAAGCCUGACCCAGACACGGGCAUCUCUGAUGCAGAGCAGUAUCAUACCUACUCAGAGCUCACCAACCCGCAGGACCCGCUGAGUAAGGACCAGUGGGAUGACCUGGGCAGCAGCACCACUCCCUGCUCCCAGACCAGCGAUGACGAGGCCAAGACCAGCAGCCCUGCGAAAGCCGAGUCCAUCCUCACAUCCAAAAAGGAUGACUUUGCUCUGCCCACACUCAGCCUCGUCACCCCCAGUGCUGGCGACACGGAGGUCAGCAAGCAAACAGCGGAGAGCAGCCAGACCUACACAGCCACUCCCCUGGACAUCCCCAACAUGUUCACCUUCUGGGAGGACCAAAGGCCGAACCACCCCCCAGAGCCUCUGCAGCACAUCUCGGUGGUGCACAGCUCACGGGAUAUAUCCCUGCACAGCGACUACAGACCAGGGCAGAUCGAGUCCAGGCUGGAGCUCCUGCAGGCCCAGCUCAGCAGGCUGGAAUCCAGGAUGUCGUCAGACAUUAAUAUAAUCCUCCAGCUCCUGCAGCGCCAGCUGUCCCAAGUGCCACCCGCGUACAGCCCCAUCUCACCGUCCUCCCACAACCUGGCCAUGUACGGCAUCCUCCCACGGAGCCUGGAGCCCCCGAGCUACACGGAGGUAGAAAAGUUCCACUUGAAAUCCAGGGACUCCUCAUCAAGUGGAAUGCACCUCGCUGUGGCAUCCGACGAAACCAUGACAGUCUACUCCGAGCAGGAGCACCAUUCCCCACCUCCCCCAAACCCAGAGCCUCCCCACCAAAGGGCACCAAAUACCCAGGGACUCUGCCGGGGCUCUCGUUUCCCUUCCCUCCCUGAGCACUUGGAGGCAUCUUCCGAGCACCAGGACAUUCAGAGACAUCUCUCCGACCCAGUGCUUCCUGGAAGUUAG